UCCGAGUAGAUAUGCCAGGAUCAGGCAGCGCUUUUAUCCCUACGAUCAACGCCAUCACAACCAGCCAAGACCUGCAGUGGAUGGUCCAGCCCACCGUCAUCACCUCCAUGUCAAGCCCUUACUCCCGUUCGCACCCCUACAGCCAUCCGCUGCCGCCGCUGUCUUCAGUGGCCGGACACACAGCCCUUCAGCGACCUGGAGUCAUCAAAACCAUCGGGACCACGGUGGGCCGGAGACGGAGAGAUGAGCAGCUGUCGCCUGAGGAAGAAGAGAAGCGAAGGAUCCGGAGAGAGAGGAACAAGCUGGCAGCUGCUAAGUGUCGCAACAGGCGUCGAGAGCUAACAGAGAAACUCCAGGCGGAAACUGAAGUGCUGGAGGAGGAGAAGUCAGUGCUGCAAAAGGAAAUUGCGGAGCUCCAGAAGGAGAAGGAGAAGCUGGAGUUUAUGCUGGUGGCUCACAGCCCUGUGUGCAAAAUCAGCCCUGAGGAACGCCGGAGCCCUCCAUCCAGCAGCCUCCAGAGCGUUCGGACUGGAGCUAGCGGAGCAGUGGUGGUGAAGCAGGAGCCUGUGGAGGAAGAGAUCCCUUCGUCCUCUUUGGUCCUUGACAAAGCCCAGAGGUCUGUCAUUAAGCCCAUCAGCAUUGCUGGAGGUUUUUAUGGAGAGGAGGCACUCAACACUCCCAUCGUGGUGACCUCAACACCAGCCAUCACUCCUGGCUCCUCCAACUUGGUGUUCACUUACCCCAACGUGUUGGAUCAGGAGUCCCCUCUCUCCCCAUCUGAGUCCUGCUCCAAAGCUCACCGGAGAAGCAGCAGCAGUGGUGACCAGUCCUCGGAUUCCUUGAACUCUCCCACCUUGCUGGCAUUGUAA